AUGUAUACUAUGUGUGUAUGUAUAUAUGUAUAAAGAGAGAUAUACACACAAAUGAUCGAACAAUGUGUUAAUGCGUCGUUUUUACUGCCGUUAAGCAUAUUUAUCUUAAUCUGCUGAACUAAGAACUGCUAAGAUGUCUUUUCUGAGUCAAUCACGAUAAAGCGACUAAAAAUUUCCAAUGCCGAGCCGCGUAAACAAGUUUCUUCACUAAGCAGAUAACAGCGAGGACAAUUGACAUCUUACAAUUAGUACAAUAAUCUAAUCACACAAAAGAUUUGUACAUUAUUGAAAAAGAUUUUUAUUGUUAAACUUUUUUUUAUUUGUUUUCAGAAAGGAUCUCUUGCAUAAAGUUCUUUUUUUAUCAAACACAAAGUAUGAGUAUAUUUCUAAAACAUUUCUUGCUUCUUAAAAAGCGUAUAUAUAUAUAUAUUCUACUUUAUAUAAUUAUAUAUUCAUAAUUAUCCGAGAACUAACUUACGAGGCAACGACCAGGUGAUGCAAUGAUCACGACUUAUUUCGAGUCAUCAGAGGACAGUUGUGGCAAGAAGUUUUUACCUUUAUAACGCACAUAUAAUUUAUUUGUGUGUGUGUGUGUGUAUAUAAACGCAGAAACGCGAUAUGGAUCUGCGACGUAGAUACAGUGAAUAUAAAAUGAUCGGUGAAAGUAUAAACGAUGCGUAAUUUAGCUGCGCGUCUCGUACAGGAAUGCACGCAUCCUCUUGUAUUCUUUGACUGAUUUUGGACUUAACAUUUGCAUAUCAAAACGUGACAGUCAAAAAGUGUUCGCGCAAAAAACAAUCAAGUCCGCUCUACGGGAUUACAAAUACGUGAGACACGUCGAAAUGUCUCUCGAUAUUUUAAAACUAACAGAUAGAGCAAGAAUUGCAAGAGAGGGAGAAGAGAAAGUGGAUCAGAAAAACUGUAAGGACGAGAAUGUAAUCGGAUUCAUUCUGAUAAUAUGAGCAAGAUUUUAAAGCAGUUGCAUUUAAUCUUUGUGCUAAUGUGUUAUAACACAUUGUGAUGAUAUAUACGUUACACUUUGUUGUAUUUCUUUUUCGGUUUAUCUUGCGAGAGAGAGAGAGAGAGAGAGAGCCUUAUGUUGUGCAAAUAUCAAGACACGUUUGUCGUUGUAUCACAACAGGCAGCAGGCGCGAUUGUUCGUUUUUUUCAAGUUCACACACGCGUUCAGCAUUAAAAUUGUGUAAAGCAGGAUUAUAAACAUGAUUAAAGACUUUCUAACGCGAUAUUUGCGGCACUUUGCAACAAAGUCGACAAAAUAUCUUCGGUUUACAAUAUCUUUCGAUUGCGCUCGUUUUAUUUUGAUUGAGGAAGCUCGCAUGUACGUACGUAUAUUUUAACCGGAGCUUUAUCCAACUUAAAGUCCAUUCGCAAUAUAUAGAUUGUAGGAUCGAAAUCUCUAAUAUUAGACUAGAUACCGAGUUUUCGCGUGUAUAUCGAAUCCAAGGUGAUAUAUAACUCACGAAUAUUCUGGCGAUAAUUUUUUUUAACACGAAUGCGUGUAAGCGUAUACCUACGGUUGAUUAUAUACUGUGUCGGUGGAAUUUGCUUAAGCUUCGCGCGAUGCUGAAUUGAGAGAGAUUUGUAUCCGGAAGACGAAUUAGCUCUCUCGUCGUUGUGGCCGAGUACUAAUCGACUCUCCGACGACUCACUGCGCACCAGUUGACGUUUGAUCAUUGAGCGGAUAGCACUGCGAUCGUACUUAGUAUGUAUAGUUGUCGUCGCUUUUCCCGACAAAGACAGAAAAAGACCUUUCACACGCUCGCUCGCUAUGAGGUGUAACAAUUCCAUCGCUCGUGCCAAUCCAAAAAAAUUGUGAGAAAGCAAGCACCUUACAAUACAAAAAUAAGUCGAAAUUUUGUGUAUUUUUAUUCCAGCAUUAUUGAUAAUCGGACAAAGAACACUUUGUCGUUGCGACACGGUCUUAUUCGCUGUAAUUUUCACACGCUGCAAGUUUCAUUUCAGACGUAUGAACAGGAAUUUCUUUUUAGAUAUAUAAAAUUAUUUCAAAUUCCACGAGUGAUAUUCUUAGCGAUUUAGCACUGCUUAAUUACCUUAAUACAUUAGUGUGCUGUUGCCGAAUAACAAGAACGUGAAUCGAUCGCAGGAUACCCGGUGAUUAGUUGAUUAUCCGCGAAAUAUGUGGCUGAAGGAUACAAACGGCGCCUCGCCGAUUGCAAAUUUUGUGAACUCGCGACUGUGCGCCCAGAACGAAAUCUUCGUCAAUCGAAGUCUUCAUUUGGAGAACAUCAAGUUCUAUGGUUUCGACAUGGAUUACACAUUGGCAGAAUAUAAGUCGCCGCAGUAUGAGCAAUUGGGUUUUAAUCUGCUCAAGGAUCGUCUGGUAUCUCUGGGAUAUCCACAGGAAAUCAAGGCUUUUGAAUACGAUCCUAGUUUUCCCGUUCGUGGUUUAUGGUUUGAUACUUUAUACGGAAAUCUCCUAAAAGUUGAUGCCUAUGGGAAUAUUUUAGUGUGUGUGCAUGGCUUCGAAUUUUUGAAACAUUCUCAGGUUUACGAGCUUUAUCCGAACAAGUUUCUACAAUUAGAUGAGUCUAGAGUUUACGUGCUUAAUACUCUAUUUAAUCUACCAGAGACUUAUCUGCUGGCGUGCCUGAUAGACUUUUUCACAAAUUCGCCGCAAUAUACGCGAGAUAAAACUGGAGUGAAAGAAGGUGAGCUCACGAUGAGCUUUAAAAGCAUAUUUCAGGAUGUCAGAAACGCAGUAGAUUGGAUACACUUACACGGUGAUCUGAAGUCAAAGACUAUCGAGAACUUAAACGAAUAUGUAAAGAAGGACGAGAGGUUGCCUAUGUUUCUUACAAGAAUCCGAGAGAGCGGAGCGAGAGUGUUUUUAUUAACUAACAGUGAUUACGUUUUCACGGAUAAAAUUAUGACUUAUUUGUUUGAUUUCCCACAUGGUGCACGGCCUGAUGAGCCGCACAGAAAUUGGAAAACGUAUUUUGACACGAUUGUGGUGGACGCUAGGAAACCGUUGUUCUUUGGGGAAGGAACAAUUCUGCGACAAGUAGAUACGAAAACGGGCGCUUUAAAACUUGGCACUCACAAAGGACCUCUGCACACGGGUGAAGUAUACUCGGGCGGUUCGUGCGAUGUGUUUACGGAACUAAUCGGCGCGAAAGGAAAAGAUGUGUUAUACGUCGGCGAUCACAUAUUCGGUGAUAUCUUAAAAAGCAAGAAAAUAAGAGGCUGGAGAACAUUUUUAAUAGUGCCUGAAUUAGUUCAGGAAUUACACGUUUGGACCGACAAAUGUCAAUUGUUCGCCGAACUACAAAGACUGGAUGUCAUGCUCGGCGAAAUGUACAAAAAUUUAGACAGUAGUACAAAAGAAAAGCCGGAUAUCUCCAAGCUGCGCACGGCCAUAAGAGAUGUUACGCACAAAAUGGAUUUGGCUUACGGAAUGAUGGGCUCCCUGUUUCGCAGCGGAAGUAGACAAACGUUUUUCAGCAGCCAAGUCGUAAGAUACGCUGACUUGUACGCAGCGACUUUCCUCAAUCUGAUAUACUAUCCAUUCUCAUAUAUGUUUAGAGCACCCGCUAUGCUGAUGCCUCACGAGAGUACGGUAGCUCAUGAACAGAGGUUUGUUAUGGAAACCCCGAUGAUAAGCCGCUCUAGAACGUUUAAAUUGACAGACGAAGAUGAAGAGCACAACCGACCGUCUUCUAAGAAUUUGUACGUGGAUCAUUUUAACAACCAAAUUCCGCAUCCGAGACCGGAAACGCCCCGUAACGUCACGCAUACGCACGACGAAGAUUGCAGCGACGAGGACAGCGAUUCACAAAAGCAAGCCAAUCAAGUGAGAGUAAGAAACGCAAAUUCUAAUUAAAAUAAUAUGUAGAAGAUAAAAUAAAUGUAAUUGAAGUUUUAAACAAAAUAAAAUACAAGUAUAACACAUACAAAAUUACGAAAGAUGUAAUUACGAGAGAGAUAAAAUUUGAAGAUAAAUAAACAGCUCAUUAGCGAUAACAAAGUAUCAAACGUGAGAGAUUAAAGUCGACAUUGGCUUGUGCGCACCGAUGUUGCGGAAAAAAAUAUCCUCUUCUUUUAAAUCGGAUAUCUGGUAAUUUAUUGUCAUUUUUCUAAAUUGCUAAUAAGACGACCAUUUUUGGUUCCGUCCACUGAAGAAAGUGUGACGUGAAAGUUUCGAUGUAAGAGGAUGAUCGUACAAAGAAAGAAAAAAAAGGAAAUGUGGUUAUUUUUCAUUUUGAAAGAAAAUAUUUCCGUCUUGAAAACAAAAUUUGAUUUAUAACUUCAGAGAGAAUAAUUUCAUAAUAUAUUUAGUUAUUACUUUUUGUAUAUAGUUGGAACACUAUAUAAUAAGUAGCGCACAAAUGCUCGUUAUUGCGAAACGAAUUACUCUCAACUCAUGCCAUCGUGAAUCAAAAAAUAAUAUACUGCAUACAGUGUGUUCAACAAUAAAGUGACUGUGAUAAUCUAAAAAAUAUAAAAAUGUAGACUAAGUUUUGUUUCUUUUUUUUGUUUUUUGUUUUUUUUUAUUGAAGUAUACAUUAUUAGCUAUUGCACAAUUAUCUAAUAAUGUGUCCAAUCACCUCCAUUACUGAUUAUUGCUUGACAUCUUUUUUUUUAUACUUUCGACGAGCUUUUCUGCAUAUUCGUUUGGCAAAGAUGGCCAUAUCUUCUUUAUUUGAAAUGACAGCUGCUUCACCGUGUAUACAGGCUUUCCUUUGAGUUUCAUCUUCAUGUACGACAUGAAGCAUUUCUGGUAGAUGGUGCACAUUUUUUCCGCAUUUAAAUUGUUUGUAAACAGAAAGAGGCAACCAAAACCGUGUUUAGAGAAGCAUCCCCGAACAUGCACUUUUACAGGGUGUUUUACUGUGCGCUGAAGCACCCUAUUAUUCUUCGUUGUCCACGCUCUCGACAAAAAAAGACCAUGCCCAGAAAGAAGACUCGUCCGUAAAGAUACCAUUAUCCCAAUCUCGAUUCAAAUUUUCCUUUGCCCACGCCAAUCGUCUUUCCACGUGCUUUUCCGAUAAUAAAGGUUUCUUCAAAGUUGAUCGGAAAGACACGUUUUUUUCACGCAGACGACUUCGAGUCGUAUUUAGGGAGACGUUAACACCUUUCGUACGAAGUUUUAUUUAAGCACAGCUCAGCGAAAUGCCUGGUUUAUUUUGAAAAGACACAAGAUCGCUUUGUCCUCUUUCAUUGUUGCGCGAGAUAAUCCCCUCUCCGGCAGAUCAUCUACAUUCGCAACUUCCAAAUAUCGCUGUACUCAUUUCUUGACGAAUGCCUCCGACUUCCGUAUAUAUUUUGCAGCCGUCAGUUUUGGUCCUUUCUCAUGAUUCACUAAAAACACUACCUCGUGUCGCUUCAGAAAUUUUGUACUCAUUGUAAAGGUAAUAAAUUUGCUGACAAAAUUACGCAAUGUGCCGGUAAGCUAUACUAUACUGCAAAAAAACGCGAAAUAAAGGUUUAAACGAAUUUAGAAAGAUGUUGCUGCAGUGGCUCCUUGAAGAAUGACGAGCGUCACUUUCUUGUUGAACACACUGUAUGUUGAAUAUCAAUUUUUCAUGUUUAUUACUAGGUACCAAUAAAUUAGAUAGAAUAUUAAAGUACAGUGAAAUUUGAAAUAGAAUAUAAAAAAAAAUAUCGUCAAUAUUGAAAUUUAUUAUAAGACUAAGAAUGUUAGUUUGUUUACGUGCGUUUUUAACUAGUUAAAGUUGCCGAAACAUUGAUCGAGGAAAUGAUAUGACAAACCCCGUGCGAAUAAAUUGUGCAAUUUAGACUAGAGAGCAGAACAUAAUAUGUACUCUUAUAGGAUUGUAUACUUUAAUGAAUUUGUCACAUAAAUAGUCAAUAUAUAUGCUAGAAUUAGGACAAGAUUGAAAAGAUACGAACAUAUUUGUAAUAUAGAAAUUAUUAGAAUCUUAUGCCGCGUGAGAAGCUAAGACAAUAUUCACUUUUGUAUACGACAUAAACUAGUAUAGAAAAAUACAAUAAAAGAGAGACGAAAAAUGAAUAUUGAUGAUAGUAUUGUGAACUAUUUGUUCAACUUAAUUCAAACAAAAUGACAGUGUACUUUACAUAUUUACGAGUGAAAGUUUGAAAAAAACUUCUCUGACGAAA